CAAUCACAAAUAGUCUGAAAUCAUUUGUGUAUUGAUAUUUGACAAUACGAGGUACGUUAUUAAUUUGUUUGUGGUAUAAACAACAUGGACGAAGACCCAAUAAAUGUCGAUAAUAAAAUGCUUCUUGACGAUAGCAGUAAUAUAAUAAUUGGCGCGGAAACAAUGGAAUAUCGUUCAUGGGAUUAUGGCUCUACCUUAAUUUUAAUACAAUUAUACAAACGUUAUUACGAUAAACUUGGAAGCUAUAAUGUGAAAAGUUUAAAAAAAAUGUGGGAAAUUAUAUCGCAAUGUUUUAUUAAAGAAUAUAAUUUAAAUUAUUCACCAAAACAUUGUGAAAAUCGUUGGCGUGUUUUAGAACGUAGUUUUCGUAAAUAUAACGAUGUUAAUCGUCAAUCGGGACGUAAACGACGUCAUUUUGAAUAUGCCGCGGAAAUGGAAAGUUUAUUAAAAAAUAAAAAGUAUGCAGCAUCAUCGAGUUUAAUGGGCACAUCGAUGGAGAGUCAACUUAGGGAUGAUGAUGUUUUAUUGGAUGAUUCGAAUUCAUCAUCCUCGACAACGAAUUUGAAUGAGAAUUUACGGAUUGGUAGGAAUAUUAUGGGAGCAUCGACAUCUGUUGCUUCAAAACAAAUGUUAUUUAAAAAUCGAUUAAAGAAGAGUUCUUUAGAGGCAUUGCGUAUACAAUUUAAAAAUUAUCAUUCUCAAAAAUUAGAUUUAAAAUGA